AGAAGAAAAUGAAAGCAAUUUACCUGUGUUUCUACGCCAGGGGCGACUGAAAAUGUCUGCUGAAAUUAUCACCGCUUACUGUGUGAAAAGAGUACAUUCGAACACGCGAUUAGCAUCAAGCUAAAAUUCAUUGUGCGUAGAAGAAAUUUUUUCCCCCGAUGAUUUGGAUUUUACUUUUUAAAAUUUAUUCAAAGCACUACUUACUCUUGGAGUAUUUAGUAGCGUUAAAACGAGUAAUUGAGCUCGAAAAUGAGCAAUUCUAAUUCGCAAAUGUCUUCAUCGGAACAGCUUGAUCGAGUCCAGAAUGGACCGCAUGCGAGCCCUAAUAGUUCCAAAGGUGCCAGCUCCUCCAAAUUAAUCUGGGAGCUGGAUGGCUACAAAGAAGUCAUAAAGAGAUCCCAAAGCAGCAACACGCAACUGAGUCAUCUGAAGAAAAUGUUAGACGAAAGAGCGCAGUGUGAGAGGGCGUAUGCGGAAUCCCUGUUUAAAUGGAGUAAUACGUGGAAGAAGAUGACUGAAGCAGGGUCGGAGGAAGAGAAUUUCAAAGAGGCGUGGCUGGCAUUCACCAAAGAGGCAGACGCAGUUCGAGAAAUCCACAUGCAAAUAGCGUCCAAUCUGCGUGCAGUGCGCAAGAACGUGGGAGACUGGCAGACAGAUAACUACAAGAAGGCACACACUCUGCGCAACAUCGAGAAGGGCUUCAAGAACACUCAGGACCAGUGGUCGGAGAAGCUGAAAAAAGUGAAUGAGCGACAGUCCAAGUACUACAGUUCGUGCAAGGAUGAACACAACAUCAAGCAGAAAAAUAAAACACAGAGUGUGACUGAGCAGUCGGACGAGCAGAAGCGGAAGGCGCUAAAGAAGGAGAACGAUGCGCACAAUGCCAUGUUGACUGCUCAAGACAAGUACAGAAAAGCAGUGAAUGAGCUGCAAGGAGACAAGGACAGACACAGGAGAGACAUGGAGAACCAGUUCGGACACGCGCAGGACUUCGAGAAGAGUCGCCUUGCCUUCACUAAACAAUGCAUGCUAACAGUCUGCAAUCAUCUGAACGCUUCUGCCUACCCACAACAUCCAGCUGUAUACCCUUCGCUCCACAACCUACUGAACAAAGCCAGCAUCGAGGACGAUCUCUCGUUAUUUGCCCAGAAAAGGGGCCUUGAAACAAGCCUUAACUGUCCUGAUUAUACUGAGUGGACGAUCGAGAUGGCAGGACCUAGUCUAGCAUCGGCAAAGGGUGCGGCGUCUCUGAAGGCGGUACAAGCGGCUGUUGCUUUUGGUGAUAGCAAGGCAAUUGAAUCGGGAACCGGCUCGUAUCGCUUGCGAGCAGACACUUCGCCGCCUGCCAGUGCAACUCACGGAGCCGCGGAAGCUUCUUUCGAGAGUACACGGACACAAACUGCAACAUCAAAUUCGUCCUCAAACUCUGCCUCGCUACGGCUACAGUCGCAAAGCACCUCAGCGGCUGUGUCAUCUUCCUCUCUGCCACCUCCCCCCGAGUCUACCUCUCUACAUGUCGAGCCCAAGACAGCCGCCCCCCGACAGACCACACCAGCAGCUGCCUCGUCCUCCUUGUCAGUAAACGAGGGAGUAGUUGUAGAAUCAUCAAAUAACAACGUGGUGAGAGAGAAGACGAAAGUGGAUCCCAAGACGGGAACGCUAGACACAUUGAAUCCUUUUAAAUAUAACACCAUUCCAAGAGAGCCGACGGAAUAUGACAAUCCUUUUGAGCACAGCGACGGCGAAAACUUAAAUCCUGAGGAUCACGUGUACUCUGCACCGGACAAACCCGAGGCUGGACCAUCGUCUUCAUCUAGACCUCCUGUGCCUCCGCCGCCUCCAGAUGACUACGACGACUCAUACUCGAAUGGAAGCGAAGAUGAAGCGACCCGAAGUGGCGCAUCGGAUAACUACCAUGUAAACAUGUCUCUAGGUAGCUCUGGGCCCGAGCCACUCCCUAGAGGCACUUCAGUUGCUAUUCAUCAUCAAAAUAACCAACAUUACGAAUCAGAAGACGAAGAAGGCCAAAGUGAUGUGAUUCACGAUGAUGUUGACGGACCGGAAAUUACGAGGCAGAAUGGAGCUCGGACGAAUUGUGGUUCUGUGGUGAGAGACGAAUCGAAAGUGGAGCAUGACGGAGUCCCGGUGAGAGCACUCUACUCGUACGAAGCAGACGAAGAGGAUGAAAUAUCGCUCGACGCGGGAGAGGAGUUUGUCAAAUUGGCCGACGCGGACGAGAACGGAUGGGCAUACGGUUUCAGUAAAAACAGAUACGGGCUCUAUCCGGCGUCAUAUGCUGAGGAAAUAUAAUUGAGAUCCAGCUUGAAUUGUGGAUGAAAUAGGGAUUCUUUAGGUCGAAGUCUCACACCUGUGAAAACUCCUCUCCGUUUGAGAAUAGAACUUUUGCAAACUUCUAUCUGCUUAAUUUACAAUGGAUACAACUAAUUAAAUUGACCAGUUUAAGUAGUUUUUAUUUUUGUAUCAUUUAUCGACAAAAUUUUUGUCUGAAUAUUUUCUAUUAAUUGCUUUUCGGGUAAUUUUGGUUCUCCGGAACAUUGAAUCCUUUCUUUCUGUUCCAUCCCAGAAGUCACACUUUGUGCUAUAGAUUUUGCUUUGCAUCCUUUCUAAUCAUCAAUAAUCAAUCAAUCAAUCCAUUUUAUACUUGCGUUGUAACAAGAUCCAGCUUCUACAAGCCGCCAUGUUUUGCCGCAUAUCCCCUCCGAUUUCGGUGGUACUGUGCUGAAUUCCCUCUGUGCUUACGACUUAUUCCUUCAGAUAAAACCCAGUGUUCCUGAAAGCUAUCCUGAUUAUAUAUCGCUUUGGACUAGCAGAUAAUUUUUGUAUAUAAUGUUCAAUAUUAUUAACGUAAUAUUUGUGGUUACCUCGGAGAAUAUGAUUUAAUUUUUUGAAUUGUAAAUGAGCAGGUUGAGCAUAUUUUUUAGGCAAUGGCUCAUGACUUUAUUUAAAAGAAUUUAAUUUUUUUUACUUC